AUGGAUUACAGAGACAGCGACGAAACCCAAUCAAAAUACAAAGGCAUCCGUCGUCGGAAAUGGGGAAAAUGGGUAUCGGAGAUUCGAGUUCCGGGAACUCGUGACCGUCUCUGGUUAGGCUCAUUCUCCACGGCAGAAGGCGCAGCCGUGGCACACGACGUGGCUUUCUACUGUUUACACCAACCAAACUCACUCGAAUCUCUAAACUUCCCUCACUUGCUCCCUCCUUCCAUCGCUUCCAAGACUUCGCCGAGGUCUAUCCAGCAAGCUGCUUCGAAUGCUGGGAUGGCUGUUGACGCCGGGAUCGUUAACAGUAGCGGCGUGUCAGGGAACUCUGGGUGUGGUGAUACGACGGCGUAUUGUGAGAAUGAAGUGAGGGAGCCGUUGAAUAUAUCGGUGUAUGAUUAUCUGGACGGUCAAAAUCACGUUUGA